AUAGUAUCUGGUGGCUGGUGCAAUCUAAUCUGAGGGUCAACUUCCUCAGACAUAAUCACAUUCAAACAAAAAUAAGAUUGCCUUCGCCUGCCACAAAGAAAAUUAGAUGGGUAUUCGGAUCGGAGGAGAAUGAUUUUAUUAGGUAGAGUUUUUGAAAUACAGGUGAACACUAGUUGUGAGAAUCAUUCCAUAUCAAAAUGGCCUUUAGAUUUCAUCAUCUCUCCAAUAACAACAUCACCCUGCUUCUUGCUGCUGCUGCCGUUUCCUUUUCCUCCUCCUCCUCAUGGCCGUCGAUGAAUUUUUACACUCUUCUCAACACCCUCUUCUUCAUUCCAAUGGAGCUCAUGCCCACAACACCAAUAACAACAAUAAAAACAUCAUCUUUGUAUCAUUGGCUAAAUGGGUUCUCAAAGUUACCAUGUGGGUUGUAUUCCUUGCAUGGGUUAUUUUCUUAUUUCUCUUUCCUACAGACUUUGGGACUGGACUCUAUGAUGACUGGGUUGAUGCAACCAGUGGAACCCUCUUUGGGGAGACAGGAAGUGUGUUGCUCUUAUACAGCGGCCCAAUUAUCAUUAUUGCUUUUCUUGCUGUUCCAUAUCUUCUCCUCUCUGGGGAAGACCAACUACAAGUAAAAGAGAAGAAGACUCCAAAAUUCAGAUUGUGGACUUUUCCCGUUCUGGUGGAUGGACCACUUGGGGUUGUUUCCGCUGCUGAAUUGAUUGGCAUAAUCCUCUUUAUCGUGUUUGUUAUCUGGGCUGUUUAUUCUUAUACUGUAGUGAACUUUGAAAUCCUACCUAGCUAUGGUGAUGACUUGACCCUCGAAGAAAAGAGGGUUUUUAUGUUGCAAAUGUCAGCAUAUUCCUUUGGUUUGAUUGGCUUAACUUGCUUGGCUUUUCUGUUUCUCCCAGUUGCAAGGGGAUCGAUUCUCCUCCGCCUUAUUGAUAUACCUUUUGAGCAUGCCAUCAGAUAUCAUGUGUGGGUGGGAAAUCUCACAAUGUUCCUCCUUACUCUUCAUGGACUUUGCUAUAUGAUUGUUUGGGCAAUCCGGGGCAUCAUACCAUCUGAAAUAAUAGAGUGGAAAAGUGAUGGUGGUGCUAAUUUUGCUGGGGUGAUCUGCUAUUUAUUUGGUCUGUUGAUAUGGGUGACUACACUUCCUCCUGUGAGGAAGCGAUAUUUUGAGCUUUUCUACUACACACAUCACCUCUACGUACUGUUUAUCAUCUUCUUUGCCUUGCAUGUUGGUGAUACCUACUUUAGCAAAGCUGCUGGAGGAAUAUUUCUGUUCAUGCUUGAUCGCUUUCUAAGGUUUUGGCAGUCACGAACGAAUGUCAAUGUAAUUUCAACUACAUGCUAUCCAUGUGGAACAGUGAAAUUGGUGCUUUCAAAACCUGGAAACUUGCAAUACAAUGCCCUCAGUUUCAUCUUCCUCCGAAUGCGUGAAAUAUCCUGGCUGCAAUGGCAUCCUUUCAGUGUUUCAUCAAGUCCUUCAGAUGGUAAAUAUCAUAUUUCGGUCCUAAUAAAGGCUGUUGGGGACUGGACAGAAAAGCUAAGAGGGAAAGUCUCAGAGGAAUCUAAAAUAGAGCUACCUUUCCAACCUCAUUCCGAGAUUUUGGCUUCUGUAGAGGGGCCUUAUGGGCAUGAAUCACCAUACCACUUAAUGUACGAAAAGCUUAUAUUGGUUGCAGGAGGCAGUGGGAUCUCCCCAUUCUUAGCUAUCUUGAGUGAUAUUCUCCAUCGUACUAAGCAGAAAAAACUUUCUGUACCAAGACAUGUCUUACUUGUUUGGGCUGUAAAAAGGUCAAAUGAGCUUUCUCUUUUUUCCACAAAUGACAUGAAGUCGAUCUGUCCAUCUUUCUCUAAUCAAUUGAAUAUUGAAAUUCAAACCUAUGUCACUCGAGAAUCAGAGCCUUCAUUGGAGGAAAAUUUAGUUCACAAGGCUACAAGCUCUUCUGCUUUUUCUGUCUCCAAGGGAGGGGGCAUAUCAGUUUUAGUUGGUACUGGAAAUAAGUUAUGGGCUGGAAGCUAUGUUAUCAUAUCUACAGUUGGGUUUGUUAUCACUUUGGGUUUGUUAAACAUCUGUUAUCUAAACCCUUUUAGUAUAUCAUAUUGGUGGUACAGAGGGAUUUUGCUUUUAGCAUGCAUGGUUAUAAGCGUUUGCAUCUUUGGGGGCCUUAUGGUUGGUUUAUGGCAUCUUUGGGGAAAAAGAACCUCAGCCAGGGGAGAAGGUGAUGAAGAUGGGGAAAAGUUUAACAUGAGGCAGCAUAUUGAAGGGGUGACAGAUGAAGACUUAAGCCUGGGAACUUUUGCUCAUUCAUAUUUUGUACGAUAUGGUUGCAGACCAGACUUCAAAGAAAUUUUUGGAUCAAUAUCAGAUCGUUGGGGCCAUGCUGAUGUGGGUGUCAUUGUGUGUGGUCCUCCAACUCUUCAAUCAAGUGUUGCUAAAGAGUGUAGAUCACAAAGUUUGAAGAGAAGAAGCAGUCACCCAAUAUUCCAUUUCAACAGCCACAGUUUUGAUUUAUAGGGUUAUUAUUGAGUGCCCUUUGUACUAUUAGGCUUAAAAAAAAUUUCAACUUUUAUAACCCAAAUGGUUUGUAACGGCUAUCUGCUGACGACCAUAAUGUACCGAAUUCUCAUUCACACUUGCCGUAUGUGGAACAAUUUCCCGUGUUUAGGUUACCAUGCUUAAAUUGAAAUGAUUUCAUAGUCUGAGACUAUGAGUUCUAGUUAGCUCAACUAGCAGUUUUUGAUGGUUGAAUAAGAAAUAUAAAGUUCAA